AUGAUAACUAAAAUUCACACCGGAACAUCGGCAUUACCCUCUGCUAAAGCUGUACACAAGGGAAUAAUUUUUGCUGGUAAUUAUUUAAAUCGAGAAUGGACCCGACGGUUUAUCCUUGGCACUCUGCUUCAGUCUUACGAACCACCCCUUUCCGACCAAGGUGUCAAGCGCGACUCUGAAGCUUUAAAGGGCGUGGCUAGCAAUCCGAAUAAACCGAUGUCCGCAGCUGCGGUGGAAGCAGCGCUGCUGAAAGCCCAGAAGGUGCUGAGCAAUGCAUGGGGAAUCCCUGUCAGGCCCUUAGAUAGUAUUAGUGAGAAACGUAUUUUUAGGCUCUUAGCUCGGUACGCCUGUGGUGAGGGUCUUCUUUCUGAUGAGGCCCUCAACGAACUUAACGCGGCGCUCAACCGUAUACCCGGCGUGUUGUGGCAGCUUGACGACCCAUCAAACAUGGAAAGAUUUCUUGAAUGUGUUGGCUAUGUAAAACGUGGUGAUAACCUUCGGCGGAUUGCCUACCCUGGGGAGCUACAUUAUGCACCGCAGGCUCAUGCAAUGAUAAAGCCAUAUCUGAAAGAUUCCUUGCAGCGUGACGGUGGCGACCCAUACGAUCAAAUUCGUGGUCUAAGUCCUGGCCCUGCCUACGCCAUUGACAGUGCUACCACUAGCGAAGUAGAUGACGCCAUAGGGAUCGAACUUGACCCGGAUACUGGUCAAGAAAUCUUCACUGUGUACAUAUCAGACGCGACGGUGUAUUGCCCUAUUGAUAGCCAGAUAGAGCACCUAACCGCGCGGCUUCUUUCAACAACAACAUAUCUCCCUGAGAAUGUGUAUUUUAUGUUGCCUAAGCCCAUUGUGGAGGCGGCAACGUUGCGUAAGGACAAGCCAUGUCGCACCUUCAAUGUGAAAUUUCAAGUUGACGAACGAACUGGCGAGCUAACGAAAUUCUCCAUCUCUCUGGGUUGGUUGCAGCAGUUGCGGCGAAUCACGUACGACCAGGUUCAGCCGCUUCUCACCCCUGACGUGGAUCAAGGCGACCAAAACCUUGAGACUUCGGCCAGUCUGGGGCCGCGUGCGCCUCCUCCGUGGUUGACGUCAAGUGACACACAUGCACUACGUCGCAUUUAUAAUACCGCCCUGGUUCGAUUUCGGGCCCGCAUGGCGCGAACAGCGGCUAACCACACGGCAAGCAUCACCAACUGUUUGCCAGACCCACUGAUCAAGGUUGAUGGACUGCGGGUUGUGUCGCUCACAGACCAGGUUGUCUGCACGCAGGACUCCCGCCUUGCGGUGGCCGAGAUGAUGAUCGCGGCGAAUGAAGUCUGCUCCCGCAUCGCCCAGGCGAACAAGAUUCCGAUCCCGUACCGCGGCACAAGGCUACAAUCUAGUGAACAUAAGCUUGCUCUCGGCUACACCGAACCUGAUGGGGUUUCGUUGAUGCCGUCGUUGGACCCUGCCUAUAUGUACACGGCGCAGCUCAUGCAGCUCACCAUCAGACAGCUUGGCGCCGUCACACGGGCUAUUUACCACUAUGUCCCGAUUUAUCACGCUGGGCUCGAUACAACAUAUUACACCCACAGUACGAGCCCACUGCGCCGGCACGCCGACAUGCUUGUGCAUCACCAACUUAAAGUAUGGCUCUGGUUAGAGUCAAAAAAACAAAAGUUUCACAGCUCCCCCUUAACCUCGCACAAUCAUUCGAGUCACUUUCACCCCCACCAAUUCAUUCCUGAAUACGCUAUGGCAACCCUCUGCACAAAUAUUAGCACCAAUCAAGAGCAGGCUAGUCUCCUGCAGGAUAGAACAGCGAGGUUCUGGACUCUGUGCUACGUCCAACAGCUCCUCCACGACCACCGCGGCAACGCUGGAGAGCGGCACUUCGUGUGUCUCGUGGGUGAGACCAAAGACGUGAUGGCGUCGCCAGAGUACAGCCGUUUCGUCCCAAAUGCCUCUCGUAACUUCGCCGCGCUGCGCUCCCGUGAGGAUCAUUUAGAACCCGGGAUCGAAGUGAUCUACGACACUGAACGUGAUCUUCGGGAAUCGACAAGUAGUCUCCUUCGGCAGUCGACGCCGGAGUAUCGCUAUAUAUCAGAGUUGUAUCUGCCUGAGCUUCAGCUAGUGCACACACUUUACCACAACAGCCCUUCCGUUUUGGUGGGCGCUGUUGUGGAGUGUCGUGUCACACACGUGCAACCAAUGCAGGGGGUUAUGGAGCUUGAAGUGGUCACAGUGCGAGAAGGGAAGGAUGAACGAAUGCUUGAAACCCUAUGGAUGAGUGGGCUGGUGUCACAUCUAGACUCGUAG